AUGUCCUAUCCUCAGGGUUACCUCUACCAGCCCCCCGGCUCGCUGGCUCUGUACUCCUGCCCGGCAUACGGGGCGUCGGCGCUGGCGGCCCCCAGGAGUGAGGAGCUGGCCAGGUCUUCGUCGGGAUCGGCGUUCAGCCCUUACCCGGGAUCGGCAGCUUUCACCGCCCAGGCGGCGGCCACAGGCUUCACCAGCCCGCUCCAGUACUCCACAGACCCCGCCACGGGAUUCCCCUCCUACAUGGGCUCCCCGUACGACGCCCAUACGACGGGGAUGACCGGAGCCAUCAGCUACCACCCCUACGGCAGCCCUGCCUACCCCUACCAGCUCAACGACCCCGCGUACAGGAAAAACGCCACCCGCGACGCCACGGCCACGCUGAAGGCCUGGCUGCAGGAGCACCGCAAGAACCCCUACCCCACCAAGGGCGAGAAGAUCAUGCUGGCCAUCAUCACCAAGAUGACCCUCACCCAGGUCUCCACCUGGUUCGCCAACGCCCGCCGGCGGCUCAAGAAGGAGAACAAGAUGACCUGGGCCCCGCGGAACAAGAGCGAGGACGAGGACGACGACGAAGGCGACGGGGCGAGAAGUAAAGAGGAGAGUCCCGAGAAGAUGCCCGAGAGCAACGAAACCUCCGCGGAGGACGAAGGGAUCAGCUUGCAAGUCGACUCGCUGACGGACCACUCCUGCUCCGCCGAGUCGGACGGCGAGAAGCUGCCCUGCCGAGCGGGCGACCCCCUCUGCGAGUCGGGCUCGGAGUGCAAGGACAAGUACGAGGACAUCGAGGAGGAGGAGGAGGACGAGGAGGAGGAGGAGGAGGACAUCGAGGAGGACGACGGCGGCGGCGGGGAGCGCGACCCGCCGGCCAAGCCCGCCACCUCCUCGCCGCUGGCGGCCGUGGAGGCCCCGCUCCUCGGCCACCCGCACGCCGACGCCGCCCGCAGCGCCAGCAAGGCGGCGCUGGGCGGCCGCGCCUCCCCCGGCCCCGCGACGCCGGCCAGCAAGCCCAAGCUCUGGUCGCUGGCCGAAAUCGCCACCUCGGACCUCAAGAGCCAGACCCUGGGCCAAGGCUGCCAGCCUGCGCCGCUCUCCUCGGCCACCCCCGCCUCCGCCCCGCACAGCGCUGCCUACUCGCCCUCCUCCCUCCUGGGGAGGCAUAUUUAUUACACCUCACCUUUUUAUAGCAAUUAUACAAACUAUGGGAACUUUAAUGCUCUCCAGAGCCAGGGAAUCCUGAGAUACAACUCCGCAGCAGUGGCUUCAAACGAGGGACUAAGUCAGACUGUCCUAAAUGCCAGCUCUGUCCACAAGCAGAGCAGUGACUCUUUGAAAACGAUCACUAACCAGCUAGAACAACAUUACAGGCCCUCUAGUUAUGACUCUAAGAAAGAUCCCACUGAAGUCUGCACAGUAGGAGUACAACCAUACCUAUAG